AUGACGGGCUGGAGGGUGAUGGCCGAGGUGGAGACCCUCUCGGAUCACCUAUACAUCGAGAUGAGUCUCCCGGCUGCCCCCUCCCGGAUCGGCCCCGACUCCGCCGCCGACCAACGACGUCGCCCCGCCCCCCCCCCCGCUCAGGAAAAAGCGGCGGUGCGGGACCGGGGCUUUCCUAGGUGGGCGCUCUCCCGGUUGGACGCGAACGCCCUAGCGGCCGCGAUCGUCGCCUCCGCGUGGGCAUACGGGGCGAGGACGGGGGUUACGACAAAGACCCCCCGAGUCCCCUUACCCACAAGUGGGUCGAUGAGGAGGCGCGAUCCCUGCGGGAAGAUCUCCAGCGAGUGUGCGAUUGUGCGAUGCCUCGUGCGCUGGGGUCCCCCGUCAAAUCGCGGGCGCCGCGCUGCGUACUGGUGGUCCCGGGAGAUCGCCCGGUUGCGGGCGGCCGCGGUCGCCGCACGCCGCGUGCUGCAGAGGAUCCGCCGCCGUCGCCGCGGGACCCUUUGCAGUCUUAGGCUUAGAGGAGGCCGUCGCGCAGGCGGAGUACCGCUGCGCGCGCGCCGUCCUCGGGGUGGCCAUCCGGACGGCAAAGGUCAGGACAUAGGAGGAGAUGCUGGCCUCCCUAGAGGCGGACCCGUGGGGGCGCUCAUAUCGAGCGGCCAUGAGGAAGCUCAGACCGCGGGCCCCUCCGUUGACAGAAUCCCUGGAGUCAGGCUUCGUGGGCUGGGUGGUGGGCUCCCUCUUCCGGACGGGGAAGGGGAGCCCCCACCAGCCGGCUCCCCUCCGACGCGCCCUGGUAACCGCAAGAAUGGUGCCGGGGGCGAAGAGGUCGGGGACGUCGACGCCGGGGAACUCCUCCGGGCAUUAAGAAAGAUGGGCGCCGGUCGGAAGGCGCCCGGCCCGGACGGGUCCUAG